CCCAAAACCCCUCAUUUAUUUGUUUAAUUUUCUUCUACCCCUUGACGUGACUCAAGGAUAUUCUAGAAAUGUGCAAUACUUUCCAUGAAGCAACUACUUCUAUCCUAUUGCUUAUUAGAACAGCUCUCCACCACUCAGAAAAAACCAAAGCAUAUAGCUGCAGUGGAGGACCGUUGACCAUUGAAUUGCCACUACCGUGUGAUCUAUGCUACUAACCUUUGACUUCUAUGUGGAAUAGUCUUCUUUUGCUUUGCAAAGUCUUUACUCAAUCUACCGGGUUCAUUGACAUUUAGUAUAAUAGUUCUUCGACAUUAAUUGCUUUGUGGAAUUGUCCCGAUGACCUCAAUUUCUUCAGCUCAGAACAAGUCUACAUGUAAAUUGGCUUGCGAGAAUUAACAGAGUGCUCUCUCUUAUGUCUGUAUUUAGUUAUGGCACCUAAUCUUUCUCCCAUGUCAUUCAUUCUCCUCUUGCUUUUCCUGUUUCCUAUCACAUCUCAUGCGAAUGGUGAAAACCCAUCUCCAUUUGAGUUUAUCAAGGAUCUCGAGGGAUGUCAAAAGGGACACAAAGUUAAAGACAUCCAUAAGCUCAAGAAAUACCUUCAACAGUUUGGUUACUUGAGCUAUAGCCAUUCCGAACACGAAACCCAUGCCGACAAUGAUGAUUUUGAUGAUCUCUUAGAGUUUGCCAUCAAAACCUACCAGACCAAUUACUACCUCAAGGCCAGUGGAAAUCUAGACUCUGAAACAGUGUCCGUGAUGGUGAAGCCUCGCUGUGGCGUAGCAGAUAUCAUCAAUGGCACGAGCAGAAUGAGGUCGGGAAGCAGAAGCUAUCCGCAUGGCUAUGGCUCUCUCCAUACAGUAGCUCAUUAUUCCUUCUUCGCAGGAUCCCCAAGAUGGCCACCUUCCAAUACCCAUCUCACCUAUGCAUUUCUUUCUGGCACCUCAAGUACGACCAUGAGCGCUGUGACGAGAGCUUUUGGCCAGUGGGCUUCUGCAAUGGACUUCACCUUUGCAGAGACUCAAGACUACACGAAUGCUGACAUGAAAAUUGGUUUUCAGAGGGGUGAUCAUGGAGAUGGGCACCCGUUUGAUGGCCCCGGUGGAACCAUUGCUCACUCUUUUCCCCCAACUGAUGGAAGGCUUCAUUUCGAUGGGGAUGAAUCAUGGGUAGUAGGUGUUGUUGCUGGUGCAUUUGACGUGGAGACUGUUGCCUUGCAUGAGAUAGGUCAUCUUCUUAGACUUGGUCAUAGUUCAGUUGAAGGCGUUAUCAUGUUUCCCACCAUUGCCUAUGGAGUGACUAAGGGUUUGAAUGAGGAUGACAUUCAAGGAAUUCAGGCUCUUUACAACUUUAGGACUAGAACUGGCUCUUGCUCUUAUGAAAUUAUGUAGAUGUGGUGGAUAUGGAGCUCUCUCCCAAAAAUAUAUAUGUAAACUUUAUUUUUGUUUUAAUUCUAGACUAAUAUUUGUGGACAUUACUAAAUCAGUUUCCAUAUUCAAACAUGAAUUCAGGUAGCAGUAUAAGUGUAAGGCACAACACUAAAUACUUUGAAAUUAAACUCAACUUGAAAUUUUUCUUUUUCUCACCACUGUAUAAUCAACCAAAAGGACAAUUCACAUUCUUGGAAUUGGAGAUAUUAUUGUUAGAGUGAAUGAUAUAUAUAUAUAU